AUGAGUUUGGACACUUUAUUUCAACAAAUCCUGCUGACAGAGCAGCAGCUGACAGAACAGACACAUAAGUUUAAACAGGUUAAGGUUGCCAACAUCAAGUGUCAUGAGAAAAUCAGAGCAACCGAGGAGAAGUGUGGAGAAGCUAAACAGGAGCUGGAGGAAACGGCUCAGAAGGUGUGUGCCACAAUGCUGCAGUGUGACCUGCUCCAUAGGACAGAGAAACAGAUGUCCACCCAAACGGAGCAGCUUCUGAGUACUAAGGAGAAGCGCAUGGAACGCCUGGCCUCUUUACAGCAUCAGGCAGCACAGGAGCAAGAGCAGUUUCUGGAGGAGAUCUGCAGCUUCAACCAUGACAUGAGCCUCCAGGAGCGCCCAAAGGAUGUCCUGCAGGACCAGGAGCUCCUACGUGAGCUGCUGAGGGCGGAGAAGAGGCUCACCGCAGAGAUGGAGUACAUGAGGCACUGUAGCAGGCAUGUGAAGAGGGUUCAGGAUGAGCAGAGGGCACUGGGGCUGGAGCUGUGGCGCCUCCACUCCAUCAGCAGAGAGAUGGACAAGCAGCUGGGAGAAGCUCAACAGGUGACUGGUGCUCUGAGGGUCCAGAUGGCAGAGAUGGUUCAGAAGGCCGUCACUGACCCCGCCUGUGUCCAGAUGAGGAGUGAGCUGGCGGCAUACAAAGGCGGGGAGCUGGAGCUGCUGAGAGAGGCGCUCUACUCAGAGAUGCUCUUUCUACAAAGUCAGCUGCAGGACUGA